ACUCAGAUUAAACUUUUAUAUUUUUUAUGCCGCCCUUCUGGACUCCACUCAUACCACUCCGGGCUCUGGACAUCCAGGUAGCAUACCCUCUCACUCCUCAGUAGCCGGUACUGGUGGCCGUCCAUUUCUCAGGACGACUCCAGGUAUGUCAGAGGGUGCUCAGUCUGUGCUGUUACCAACACCCCCAGAAGACUCCGGGAGGGAAAGCUUGUGCCACUUCCUAUCUCACAAUGAUCAUGGUCUCACAUUGGAGUUGAUUUCAUGACUGACCUUCCCCGAUCGAGCAAUCACACUUGCAUCUGCGUCGCUGUGGAUCGCUUUUCAAAGGCCUGCAAGCUAAUUCCAUUGCCGGGGCUUCCAACUGCUUUUGAGGCUGCUGAAGCUCUCUUCAAUCAUGUAUUUCGGAACUUAGGCAUCCCAAAGACAUUGUGUCGGACAGAGGUUCACAAUUCAUCUCUAGAGUGUGGCAAGCGUUCUUCAGGCUCCUCAGGGUUACGCUCAGCUUGUCUUCUGGAUAACACCCUCAUAGUAACAGCCAGACUGACCGGAAGAUCCAGGAGAUUGGACGGUACAAGAGGACCUAUUGCCACCAGUACUAGGACAGCUGGAGCCAGUUCCUCCCCGGGGCUGAAUACACCCAGAAUUCCCUUCGGACGUCCUCCACUGGGCUCACCCCCUUUCAGUGUGUCCUGGGUUUUCAGCCGCCACUCUACCCUUGGUCUGCUGAGUCCUCUAAGCUUCCAGCUGUUGAUUACUGGUUCCAUCAAAGUGAGAGGGUAUGGGACUCGGCUCAAGUGCAUGUCCAGCAGGCAGUGCGGAGGCAGAAGGACCAAGCAGAUUGUCCCGUUCGGAACCUCCUUAGUACCAGCCUGGACAGAAGGUGAGCCUUUCGAUCUGGGUCAUUCGCCUCCGCCUGCCUUACGUAAGCGGAGUCCUCGAUACAUUGGUCCUUUCACUGUGCAGAGGCAGCUGAACGAACUCACCUACAGGCUAAACCUUCCUCCUCAAUACCAGAUUUCACCUUCUUUCCAUGUGUCACGGUUGAAGCCCUUCACUGAACCUGUCACUUCUCCUCCCACAGAACCUGUUCCGGCUGACAUACCUCCUCCUCCGGUUCCCAUUAAGGAGGAGCCCAUCUACCAGGUCCGCAUCUUCUUGGACUCAUGGCGACGAGGUCCGCGGCUAGAAUACCUGGUUGACUGGGAGGACUAUAGAGCUGAUCUCUCUGAGAGGAUAGUUCAUAUCUUGGCGCCCAGAAAAUAUUCCACGAAUUAAUUUCCUGAAUGACCUCCAUUCACCCCAAUAAACCUCAGGUCCAAACUGGAGAGUUUAAAGUGCAAUUUCCAUUUUAUCAUCAUUGCUAAAGUCUGCUGACUAUAAGGGUCUGUACUUCCACAGGUUUACAAGACCAAUGGUUUUAUUUUGAGGAAGGAGAACAUUAGAGCUGAUUUAAAAUUUCCAAUGAGAUUAUUUGAAAAAAAACAAAAAAAAAAAACAUCAAAGUGUGAGUUUAAAGGGAGCAAGGGAGCAACAAUUUGAUCUAGAGGGGGAAUAGUGAAGGUAAAAAUUAUUAAGCUAUGGUUUAAUAAAUCAUAUUCGUCAUGAUUCCAGGCACAAAUCGAUGAAGUGUGUUUGCCAGUAUAAUCUUUCAUUUUUAAUAGUCUGGCACCAACACACGUUCUCUAUGAGGAACGUUCUUGUCAAUAUGCUCUCUGAAAACUGUAAGAAAAGGCUGCUUUGUUGUGGUUAUUUCAUGCAAUAACGGAGUAAAUAUUUCAUAUUACUGGAGCUAUUAGAGGAAUUUCGCCUCAGUGUGCUUUUUCUUUGGCCAUUAAAUCUUGUAAAGAUUUUGACAUUUGAUUAUUUCUGUUAUUCUUCAUUAUGUUGUCACUCGUCACAGCAUUUUGAUUUCCAUAAUUUGAUCUAUUUUCAGAUACAGAAUAAUGAAGGACUGGAUAUUUUUUCUGA